ACUCUCCCCAGCCCCAUGCCGAUCCUAUCGUCCCCCGAUCGAUUUAGUGCUAUGAUGAUCACCACGUCCUCCCAGUUCCUCGGCCUUCGGAUCACCCCCUCUACCCCUCGCUCCGUCGCGCCUUCCUCCCCUCGCUCCGCCACCUCCCUCCGCUCGCCGGGCAUCUCCGCCGCGUACACGGCCGCGGCGGAGCGCCAGCCCCCGGCCGCCGCCCUACCCCCGGCUUUGCAAUCAUCCUUCGCCUCGCUCUACGACGUACUCGGCCUCCCCUCAGGCGCUACCGGCCAGGAGAUCAAGGCCGCGUAUCGUCGGCUGGCGCUCGCACGCCACCCUGACGUGGUGGCCACCGACCGGAAGGGCACCUCGGCCGACGAGUUCAUCCGGAUUCACGCCGCCUACUCCACCCUGUCCGAUCCCGAGAAGCGCGCUGACUACGACCGCAAGCUCCUCCUCCUCGGCCGCCACCGCCGGACCGUCCGCCACUCUUCACCACCGACGCCUUCCUCCUCCUCCUCCUUCCGGCCUUUCUCCCGCUCCCCGUCCUUCCCCAGCUACGGCCGCCGGACCUGGGAGACCGACCAGUGCUGGUAGGUCCGCCGAGCGGGAUCCAGUAUCGCUGGAGCCGUCCGAUGGGAUUCGGACGGAGUGGAUCUAAACCUCUAAAGAUUUCCAUCAUUUCUACUGACGGAUCCGUAGUCACUUGCGGCCGCCGGCGCCGUGAGUUGAUAUCGUUGGGCUUUGGUCGGAUCUAGUUAGCUUAAGGCGUGGGUGUGGAUGGAGCCAGGUAUUAUGUAAAGCUGCCACAGCCAUCUUCUUCUUCCUGUUUCUUCUGGUACUUGCUUGUAAAAAAAUUUCAGGUUUUGUCACACUUUCUCAUCCAUGAGAAAUUGAUAUAUGUAAAAUACUAUUAACAUAACGUAGUAGCGAUGUUACAUGUUUCUUGUC